GCCCGCGCGGCGGCGCCGGAGACCGCGGGCCUGGGCGCCGCCCCCUCAGGUGAGGGCUUCGUCUCACAUCCUUCGCGCCUUCCCCGCGCGGCCCCCGGUUCUUCUUCCUCCUCCCCUGGUCGGCCAGAUAGCUCUGCGCGGGCCCAGCCGCCUUCUCUGCCCACCGGACCCCGAGGUUGGCUGACCUAACCCCAUUGGGCAUGGGGGUCGGGAGCCAUCGCCUUGGCGUCGCAGGGAGUGCUUUCCCUUCUCCGGGCUGAGGAGCCGACAUGUUGGUGAUACCUCCCGGGCUGAGCGAAGAGGAAGAGGCGCUGCAGAAGAAAUUCAACAAGCUCAAGAAGAAGAAAAAAGCCUUGCUGGCCCUGAAGAAGCAAAGUAGCAGUGGCACGGCGAGCCAGGGUGGCGUCAAACGCUCGCUCUCGGAGCAGCCUGUGGUGGACACUGCCACAGCAACAGAACAGGCCAAGCAGCUGGUGAAGUCGGGAGCCAUCAGUGCCAUCAAGGCUGAAACCAAGAACUCAGGCUUCAAACGUUCUCGGACCCUAGAGGGGAAGUUAAAGGACCCUGAGAAGGGGCCUGUCCCCACUUUCCAGCCGUUCCAGAGGAGCGUAUCUGCUGACGAGGACCUGCAGGAGUCAUCCAGACGUCCCCAGAGGAAAUCUCUGUAUGAAAGCUUUGUGUCUUCUAGCGAUCGGCUGCGGGAGCUGGGACCAGAUGGAGAAGAAGCAGAGGGCCCUGGGGCUGCUGAUGGCCCACCUCGAGGCUUUGACUGGAGCUAUGAAGAACACGGUGGUGCUCGCUCCUCAGCCUCCCCUCCCCGAAGCCGCAGCCGGGACCGAAGUCAUGAGAGGAGCCGAGAUAGGGACCGGGACAAAGACCGCGACAAAGACCGGGAUCGAGACAAAGACAGAGACAAAGACAGAGACCGAGACAAAGAUAAAGACCGGGAGCGAGACAGGGAGCGAGACCGGGAGCGGGAGCGAGAGGGCCCUUUCCGCAGGUCAGACUCAUUCCCUGAGAGGAGGGCCCCUCGGAAGGGGAACACUCUAUAUGUGUAUGGAGAAGACAUGACGCCCACCCUCCUCCGAGGGGCCUUCUCCCCCUUUGGAAACAUCAUCGACCUCUCCAUGGACCCACCCAGAAACUGUGCCUUCGUCACCUAUGAAAAGAUGGAGUCUGCGGAUCAGGCCGUGGCUGAGCUCAACGGAACCCAGGUGGAAUCCGUGCAGCUCAAAGUCAACAUAGCCCGCAAACAGCCCAUGCUGGACGCUGCCACCGGCAAGUCUGUCUGGGGCUCCCUUGCUGUCCAGAACAGCCCUAAGGGCUGCCACCGGGACAAGAGGACCCAGAUUGUGUACAGUGACGAUCUGUAGGAAACCUUUGUGGAUGGCUUCUAGGACACGAAGCUGGAUUCCUUGUGCCUCAUAUGCCCCCAAGCUGGUCUCAGUAAAAUCCUGGGGCAGAAGCU